AUGAUAACGCUCCACGUUGCGAUUAACAGCUGGUUGGCCAGGCUGUCCAGUUGUCACUGGCGAUACGAGUUAAAAGGGGCUCCCUCUUUUCCUCGCAAAGCUUCUGCUGCAUGGCUUUGGAAUAAUCCGACCAAUCCAUUCGCGAGUAGAGAUACGUUGUGUACUCGCCAUGCGGAAACGACGAGCGUUUUGUGGCGAGUGGUGAAACAGUUGCAGUGCGAUGUAGGUCUUGCAUUUCGUGGUCAUGAUAAGUCCCAAGAGUCUAAUAAUCAAGGUAACUUUCUCGAACUUCUAACGUUUCUUGCUAAUCAUAACGAGGAAGUUAGAGCUGUUGCUUUAAAAAAUGCUCCUGAGAAUCUUAAACUGACUUCGCCAAAGAUUCAGGACAUUGUAAAAGCUUGUGCUAUGGAAACAAUUAAUGUUAUUAUUAGAGAUAUGGGAGAUAUUGUUUUUUCUAUUUUAGUUGAUGAAUCUCGUGAUGUAUCCAUAAAGGAACAAAUGGUUGUAAUGUUUCGAUAUGUGGACAAGAGAGGGUGUGUGAUUGAGCGAUUCAUCGGUAUUGAACAUGUUCCUAAUACCACUGCGAUCUCACUUAAGAUAGCAAUUAAUAAGUUGUUUUCAAAGCAUGGGAUGAGCAUAUCCAAAUUACGAGGUCAAGGGUAUGAUGGAGCUAGUAACAUGAGUGGAGAGUUUAAUGGUUUGAAAAGUACUUUUCUCACCGUAGUGUCUAAUGUGGUGAAUGUUGUUGGAGCCUCAUCUAAGCGCCGUGACAUUCUCCGAGAAAAACUAGCUCUCAAAGUCAUCAAAGCCUUAAAAGGUGGAGAACUUAUGAGUGGAAGAGGUCAAAAUCAAGAAAGCAGAAUUAAGCGCCCAUGUGAUACACGUUGGGGAUCACACUUUGGUACUUUGGUAAGCUUUACUAUCAUGUUUUCAUCUAUUAUUGAUGUGCUUGAGGAAAUUACAAAUGAUAGAUUGAAUAGUGAUAAAAAAUUUGAAGCAUCUAUUAUGUAA